AUGACCUCCCUCUCGUCAUCUGCGAUGGCUCUCUUCCCCUGCUAUCAGAGCCUCGGGUCUCGGUUCGUGCAAGUGGCGAUCUUAAACUUCCGGCCCGGCAGUGUCCUGGCAUCCGUGAACGUGAGUGGCUACAGCCUCACCGAAUCCGAGGUCACCAACUUGACCUCCUUGGCCAUUGACGCUUUAAUAGCGGCCGGAGUUCCGGUCAUCCGGGACUUCAACAUCAACGGUACCACCACUAACGUCACCACUGAGAGGCUUAAUGCAAUCUUAAAUCAAUCGAAGGAUUUACAAAACCAGCCUAAGGAGGUGGUGGAGAGGGAGGUUCCCAUGCUGCUGCAAAACCUCACCAUGCAGACGAACCCUGUAGGGGGCAGGCUCACCCCCGACAGCAUCCGCGCUGUGAGCGCCGCGCUGGGGCUGAUCGCGAUGGCGACCCAGAACAAGAGCAUCGUCUUCGGCAAACAGGUGGCAGAGAGCUUCCUAGUCACGGCCAGCAACCUGCUGGCGAUGAGCAACUUGGACUCCUGGAAGUCGCUGCAGACGCUGAACGAGUCGGACAGCUCCGACCUCCUCGGCACCGUGGAGACUUUCGUGACGAGGAUGAACACCACGAGCCUCGCCACGGGCACACGUGCCGGUGCUGACGUCCCGUCGCCGUUCAACAUCACCAGCGCCAACGUGCGGCUGCUGGGCACCGUCCUCGCCAGGGCCGGCGCCGCCCAGGGAGGCAACUACUCCAAGGUGUUCGCGGGCGACGGAGUCGCCGGGGAGACUGCAGUGACGAUCGGUGAGGAGCAGCUGAACAACGUCGCCAACGACCGCGGCGGCGGCGGUGGCACCUACGUCGUGAGCAUGCUCUUCACUGGCGCGGGCGGCGGCUCCGCUGGCUCCGUGGCGAGCCGGGCCGUGGGGAGCCACAUCCUCAGCACCGUCGUGAGCAACCCGAGGAACUUGACGGGCGUCACGGACAUCGUCCUGCGCUUCCCGCUCACGGUGGCCAACAAUGGCAGCGGCAGCAUCGUCCACUGCACCUUCUGGGACACAAAGUAUAACAAUGGGCGGGGCGGCUGGUCCGGCGUGGGCUGCCAGCUGACGUCCACUGUCACUACCGGCAACGCGACGGCCUUCUCCUGCCGGUGCAACCACACCACCUCCUUCUCCAUCCUCAUCUCCCCCGGCGACGACCUCGUGGAUGACACGACCCUCUCGAUCGUCUCCUACGUCGGCGUCGGCAUCUCGAUGUUGUCCCUGGUGGCCGUCCUCGCCAUCGAAGCCGUCACCUGGCGCCCGUCGGUGUCCACCGGCCGCGCCGGCCGGCGCUCCAACCGGCGCCUCCGCCACCUGAUCCUGGUCAACGUGUGCACGUCGCUCCUCUUCGCCGACGUCUGGUUCAUCGUGGCCGCCUCUCCCGACGCCCUCGGCAGCCCCACGCUCUGCACGGCUGCCGCCUUCUUCGUCCACCUCGGCUACCUCGCCCUCUUCUUCUGGAUGCUCUGUGAAGGCCUCCUCCUCGUCUACGUCGUCGUCGUCGUCUUCGAACGCUUCGCCGCCCGCAGCCUCUACGCCGCGGCGUUCGCCGUCGGCUACGGGGCUCCCGCGGUCAUCGCCGCAGCCGCCGUAGCGGCGACGUACCCCCGCGGGGCCUACCUGCGCGACGGAGCCUGCUGGCUCGACUGGGAGCACGGCAGGACGCUGUUCGCGUUCGUGGCACCGGCCUUCGCCGUGCUCACCGCCAACCUCGUCGCGCUCGCGGUCGUCCUGGCCAAGAUUUCGCGGAAGAGGUCCGCGGUCGUCUCGGGGAGCCCCGACGUGAACGUCCGGCUGAUCGCUCGGAGCAUCGGGGUGCUCACGCCGCUGCUCGGAGUCACGUGGGGGCUCGGGAUCUUCGCGUUCAGCGCCGAGGGCAGGGCCAGCCACGCACUGCACUACCUCUUCGCCAUCCUCAACUCGCUGCAGGGCCUCUUCAUCUUGAUCUUUAACUGCCUCCUCGACAAAGAGGUACGCAAGGAGCUGAAGAAGAAGCUUGGACUGGGUACACAGAAAUCGAAGGGGACCAGCAGCACCGGUUUGGAUCGAGUUGACCCUCCAAAGUCUCACUGUGAGUAUGCCUUCCAUGGUGAAUCUGAUGGCUGGGUGUAUGGAAUUGAUGUGGUUGAGGAAUUGGUCUAGAGCAGGCCGG